UUCCUCCGCUUCUGCAAGCUCCUUUUUCUUCAACUUCUUUUGUGUUUUUGUUUUUCUGUAUCGAAGACCUACAACCAUGCAAAGUUUCUAUUUUUUCUAUUUUGUCAAUUUGACAAUUUUUUUUUCAUUUGGGAACGUUUUCAAAUUCCAAUUCUUGAGUUAGGAGGCACACACAAUAUGGGAGACGACAAGGAAGAACAUGGUAGUGGUGCUAAUGCUGAUGAUGGUAAUUAUGAUUAUGAUGAGGAAGAUAGUGAUGAAAAAGGCCAGGAAGACAGUUACAAUGACGACGAUGAAUCUGAGGAAGGAUAUGAGAUCGAGGGUAGAAGUGAAACUCCCGAUAAAUUUGAGCGCGUCGAGUAUGAAGCUCUGGCUGAGAAGAAGCGUAAAGCACUUUCUCAAUGUGAUGAUUCUGAAAAGAGGGCUAAGUAUGACGCUAAUAAUCUCCCAGGCAUGGAAGGAAUUAUGGAGUUUAUUGUUUAUGGUGGCCGACGAAAAUCAAGGAAGCAUAAAAGAUGGGGAAGAAGAAAGGGUUCCAAGAAAAAAGUUCCACCUGAAAUAACAAAAAUUUAUACAGAGGCUCUUUUUCACUAUGGGCAUGGUCGGUUUAGUGAGGCUUUGUCGUGUUUGCAAAGGGUAAUACAUCAAGCACCAGGUUUCCAGAUGCAUAUGAUACCCUUGCACUUGUUUCUGAAGCACUUGUAUUACCUGGAAUGUGGCGAGGGUGAGCGAGCAGCAAGUGUCUUGGAGGUUCACAUUAAAUCAAAUCCAUCUGAAGUUGGUCAUGAUGUGAUUGAUUUGCUGGCUGCGGUUUUCAUGAAAGUUAAUGCAUAUGACAGAGCUCUUAAGUUUAUUGAAGACAUGCGCCAGACUUACCAUCACAGGAAAGAACUUACUUCUAAUUUGAAAAUCAGGGAAGUUAUCUGUCACGUUCACCUUAAAGAACUGAAGAUGGCUGAGAAUCUGUUAAAUAUAUUACCACAAGAGGCGGUAUAUGAGCAUACAGAUCUGAUUUCUGAAUUGGCUGAUGAAUUUAUUAACGUUGGCGACUUCCACUCUGCUCUCAAGUACUAUCACUUGUUGGAAUCCAAUGCUGGAUUUGUGAAUGAUGGCUAUUUGCUUCUGAAAAUUGCUCAUUGCUAUAAGUCACUGGCAGAAAGAACACAAGCCAUUGGUUUCUUCUAUAAAGCUUUGAAUGUACUCGAUGACAUUGCCGCAUGGUUAACUCUGCCUUCACUUCUCCUGGAGGAUGGCAAACGAGAUGAAGCUAUAUUUGUGUUGUCUCCUCCAGCAAAUUCAGGUAUAGAUCCUAAUGAUGAUAAACAGAAGGCAUGGUGGCGCAAUAGACAGAUUAGGAUGAGGCUUUGCCAAAUCUAUCAUUCCGAGGGAAUGCUUGAGAACUUUGUUGAGACAGCUCUGCAAUUGGUUCUUGAGUGGGUCAGGCGGAAGGUUAAGGGGAAAAGGAAGCGCUCAGUGGAUUCUCUUUCUGAACGAGUGAAACAAGAACGAAACAGAAGGCGCCGACUUCAAAGAGAUGAUCCAACUGUCCUGUUGAGGGGUUGUGGACCGAAAAAGAUGCGCAAAAUCAGGGCAACCUUAAAUGAAACAAAGAGAAUUAGAGAAAGGGUUGCUAUUACAGCUCAGAAAGAAGACAACUCUGGUGAAUCUGAGGAAGAAGUUAUAAGGGAUGAUGAAUAUCACCAUCUCCUCGUGGAUUUGUGCAAGGCAUUGACAUCGUUGCAGAAGUACUGGGAAGCUCUUGAGAUAAUUAAUUUGGCUCGGAGGUUGGAUGCAAAAAUGCUGCUUGUUGACAAGAAGAAGGAGCUUCAGUUGCUUGGAGCUCAAAUAUCAUGCGACAAUUUGGACCCAAAGCAGUGGUUUGACUGUGUGAGAUAUGUUAUUCAGCAGCAUCCACAUCGUUUGGAUGCUUGGAACUGCUACUUCAGAGUGAUUUCAAGACUCGGUAAACGAAUUUCCACGGAAGCUAAGUUCAUGCAUCACUUGCGGUCCAAGCACAGAGAUUGUGUGCCGCCAAUUCUCAUUGCGGGUUACCACUUUACCGUUACCAGCCGACAUCAAGAUGCCGCCAGAGAAUACCUCGAAGCAUAUAAAUUGUUGCCUGAGAACCCUUUGAUUAAUCUCUUUGUCGGGAAUUCCUUGAUCAAUUUAGCUCUUGGGUUUAGACUCCAGAACAAGCAUCAGUGCCUCGCUCAAGGGUUCGCAUUUCUCUACAACAAUCUCAGGAUUUGCAACAAUAGUCAGGAGGCGUUGUAUAACAUAGCCCGUGCGUAUCACCAUGUAGGGUUAGUAACUUUGGCAGCGCCGUACUACGAGAAGGUGCUCGAAAUCCACGAGAAGGAAUACCCAUCACCAAAACUCCCGAACGAGGAUCCGAAUGUCGCCGAAGAGCGUAAGCUCGUCAACUGCGACCUCCGCAGAGAAGCGGCAUACAAUCUGCAUCUGAUUUACAAGAACAGCGGGGCGUUCGACCUCGCAAGGCAGGUCUUGAAGGAUCACUGCACGUUCUGAAGUAUUAAGGUUAUUAUUAUGCUUCUAGUGUUGUAUAAAAAACUUGCAAUGUGUAUAUAUACUAAAGAUGCAUGUGAGAAUCUGAAUCAAAGUGGUCUUGUAAAAUUUUUUAAAAUUAAAAUCAAUAACAAUUUGUUA